AUGAUGAUGUUAACAUUCAUUCUGUUUACAUUAAUUCUACAUAUACAUUGUAAUACUGAUAUUCAUACAACUAUUUCUAUUAAGGAUCAACUAGAUAAUGAUCUAGAUCCAUUGAAUAUAACAAAUGAUCCUACUGCUACUACUACUACUACUACUAAUAAUAAUAAUAAUAAUACAGACACCAUUUCAUCUAUAUUCAAUCCUAAUGUAACUUAUGUCAUUUUACCAACAGUAUUUUAUUUAGGUCAAACUAAUUUAAUUACUGUACGUAGUCGUGAACCAAAUACACAAUUAUAUAUUUCUAUGAAUGUCACUGACUUAUUACCGAAUAUAAUUGAAGAUCCAAAUCAAAUUUAUUCUUUAAAACAAUUAAAUACAACAGAUUAUUGGUAUGGUUUAGAUAUACCAUAUGAAAUCCCGUUUAUUUUUACACAUGAUCAUUCUAUAUGGGUUAAAUUAAUAUUUCAUUUCACUCAUUGUUUAAAUCAUAAAACUAAUCUUAUCUCUAAUAAUCAUCAUAAUAAUAGUGAGAAGAAUGGAUCAUGUAUUGAUUAUAAAACAACUGAAGUAAUCCAUUCUAUUCAAUUAAAACAAUUACCAUUAAUUACAUUUGGUGAAACGGAUAAACCAAUUUAUAGACCUGGUGAAUAUGUACGUUUUCGUUUUUUAACCUUAAAUAUUCAUAAUUUAUUACCGAUAUCAACGAAUAUUUUGUUGCCAACAAAGAAAUUAUUCAUACAAAAAGGUUCUAAAGGUCAAUUAAUUGAAAUGAAUCAAUUAGACUUAUAUAAUUGGUAUCAUAUUAUAUAUGAUAGUAUUACUAUUAUAGAUCCUAUGGAUAAUACUAUGAAACAAUGGUUAAAUCUAACAUCUAAACAAGCAUAUAACUUAACUUUCCCUAUAUUAAAUAAUAGUAAAGAAGGUAAAUGGAGAAUACAAGCUACCAUUAAAAAUCAUAAUAUUGAAACACUUGAAUUUACAGUGAAAAAAUAUACAUUACCAAAGUUUACUGUAACAUUAGAAACACCGAAAAAUUUUACUAUGGAAUCAAAAUAUGUUCAAUAUUCAAUCUGUGCAAAAUAUACAAAUGGACCACCAUUAAAAGGUUAUAUACAAUCCAUAUUAUGUGCAUGUCAUGAAUAUAUAUGGGAUAAACAAUUUUCUAAAUUAGAUAAUGAACAAAUUAUUCAAUCAUUAUUAAAUACACCUAAAUGUCCAUCGGAUCAUUAUGAAACAAAAACAAGACCAUGUAUUAUCAUGAAUUAUCCCUUAGAUACAAAUGGUUGUAAACUAGUUAAUAUAUCAACUCAUCCAUUUGCCUUAGCAACUAAUCAAUAUUCGAAAUGGCAACAAAUAAGUAUAUUAUGUACACAAGUUAUAGAAGAGGAUACAAAUUCUAAAUUAUUUAAUUGUAUCAAAGGUGAUCUGAUUCAACAAAUUUAUCAACCAAGUAUACAAUUAGAAUUACCACAAGUAUAUAAAUCAAAAUUACCAAUUUUAGGUAAAAUUAAAUUAAAAAAUUUUGAUCAAACUAUAAAUUAUAGUGUGAAAUUAUCUGUGACAGAUCAAAAAUGGGGUUGUUAUUGGCAAAAUCUGGAUCAAAGUAAUGAACAUUAUUUAAAUAUUCUACCAAUAAAUUCAUCUGGUGAAAGUACUUUUUCUAUACCACCAAUUACAUCAAAACAUUCUAUAUCAAUUGAAGCUGAAUUAUUAUCAUCAUCAAUGAAUUCAACAAAUUCAUCAUUAUCAUCAUCAUUGACAAAUAGCACCAAUUCAAUGAAUCAAAAUCCAUCACAUUUUUAUUAUUGGUCAUCUAAACAACCAUGGAUACAAGAGAAUAGAAUUAUUGAAAGUGUUAUAUUAAGAUCAUGGGAUUCAAUCAAUCAAAUUUAUUUACAAUUAUGGCCACCACGUGAUAAAAUUAUGACAACAUGUCCAAAUAGAAUCCAAUUAACAUUAUUAUCAAAUAUACGUUUAUCAGAUAAAGCAAUUUUUAUAGAAUCUGUGAUCAGGGGUAAACAUCAACAAAUUAUUAUACCAGCAUUGAAUAAACUACCUAAUCAUUUAGAUCAUAAUGAUUAUUGUAUUAAUCGUGAUGAUGAAUUAGGUCAUUAUAAUUGUUUAAGUUGGAAUUCAACAGAAAUUCAAUGUUUACCUGGUUGGACUGGUGAAAAUUGUUUAAUUCCUAUAUGUUCUAUAGAAUGUAAUAAAAUGGUGGAUUUUGUUCAAAACCUAAUCAAUGUCAAUGUAAAUCAGGUUGGACUGGAAUAA